UAAACAAUCUUUAAUGUAUAUAAAUGAGAAACAAAAAAUUAUUCAUUAUUAUUAUAAAUUGAAAUCAUCGCAUAAGUGUGCGAGGCAUUAAUAUCAGCAUACAAUCAACUAUUCUGUUAAACAAGAAUAAUAUUUUUGUCUUGCUAGUAAAUGAUUAACGGAAUAGAAAAUUUUAUAGUCGAUACAACUAUCGAUUUCUCUUCAUUAAUUAAUUACUUUACUUUAUUAAUUACUAGUGAUUAAGUACCUGUAAUUAACAAAGAGCAUUCGAUAGAGAGAGAGAGAGAGAGAGCCAGUUGUGUCGACUAUAAACAUUCUUAUUUCCGUUUUCUAGUUAAAUAUAAACGUAGUAAUUAUUAUAGCGUUGUUGGUCUAAAGAAAUGUUAAUGAUGAUAUAAACAAUAAUUUUGUAAAAAUUUUGUUACUUAAAAAACCGGUUUGGUACUUUAACAAGUUAAGUUUAUUAUUACGAGUCAUAUAGAAACUGUUUCGGUGUGGAGAAACCUUUACAAUACCUACUUUUCGACAGUUUCUUAUAAUACUUUCACCAUCAAGUUAACCUCGCAGUAAACGGUAAAACGCGCGUGUGAAUAUACCGAUGAAAUAAUCCAAUCGGCUUCUCAGUCUCGCAAUGAAAUACAUAAUUACAGUCGUCGCUCUCAUUAACGUAUGCUUGGCGGAUGUAUCACAUGUUUCGGAAUACUCGACAACGACACCACCACCACCUCCGAAACCGUAUAACUUUCAAUAUGAGGCAGGACGAUAUCCAGGACAUAUCGAUCGUAUUCAUCAAGAAACCGGAGAUGGACAUGGAAUUAUUCACGGAACGUAUUCGUACAUCGAUCCAAAGUACAAAGUACGAACAGUGGAAUAUACGGCCGAUAAAAAUGGAUUUCAUCCUGCUUUGAUCAACUUUGAGGAUGCUUUCGCUCAACCUGCCGAUUCGGAAGCUGUAAGAUUGGCCAAGGAGAAACAUUUCCGUCUUUAUCACAGGAUUGCAGAGGCAAACGCUCGAAACGUUGCAGUAAAUUUGCCGCGAGACUCAGCGAGCGUGGCAAAAGCGAAGGACAGACACAAUGAAUUGUAUCACAGAAUCGCGGAGCAACACGCAGCGAUCGCCGCACAAAGGGAGGCUGAACGAGUGGCUUACGAGGCAACUUCCGUUGCCAAUGACGUAGACGAUCAUCGGACGCGUUAAUGGCACUUUACGCACGUGUUGGCAUUACAAAUCAAUGCAAAUGCUCCAAAAAGAAAUUACGCUUUGCUCGAAACGUAUGAUAAUUCAUGUUUAAAACUGUUUUUCGAUCAAACUAAUUUAACCACGUUGAGAUAAAAUGCCGGCUUGAUUACAAGGAAAACCAAUUAUUGACUAUAACAUGGUCAAUCUCAUUAACAAAAUAUUUUUCGUCGCAGGAAAUAAUGUAAAGCAAGUGCCAAGUAUCACUAAUAUUCGGAUGUAGAGGAAAAGCUAUGAAAGUUAAAUAAAGCUAUAAUUAUAGGAUCUGCAUAAAAUGAAGCUAAUUGAAAUUCACAGAAAUAAAAAGAAAUUUAACCUUACUCGUGAAAAUCAACGUAAGCAAUAAAGUUUUAGUAGUAGUCGGAACAAAUGCAAAUGGAACGUCUAAAAUGUCUAUAAAUAGACAUAUAUAGGUCAUGAAGAAGUAAAAAAUGGUUGUGUAACUCUGUUGCGCGGUAUUCUCUAUUAUCUCUAAAAUCCAACAAAUAACAAAGAAAAGUAAUGCUAAUGAUUGUUUUGUCGCAAGUGAGGAUAUGUUUAUUUUACACGAUUAUGUGUAUACGAGCAGAUAUAUGGUGGAAUGGAACUUGGAAAUUCAACUCGCUAUUGUUUCCGGAAGUGCGGAAGCACUAUCGCGCAAACAAACAUUUUGAUGAAAGAUACAAUUGUAUUGUGAUAAUAUAAAGAGGAACGCCAGCGUGUACGAGAUUAGUUGGAGCAAAUAUUUCAGUGAAAGAUGAAGUUGCUCAGCAAAAUACUCGGCUUCUUUGCCGUAUGCAUCAUGGCGAUGAUAAGUAUAAGCGCCGGCAAGUCUAUUCUUGGGAUUGAUAGUGUAGCUUGUGGAGGCAGGGGGCGUGGCUGGGGGCGCAAUUACACCAGAGGAUAGAUAGAAAUCUGUAAAUAGGGAUGUAACACCGCAGCACGAUGACAACACUGGGCCGUAGAAUAGAUGGAGCGAAAAACUUGCAGACGGAUUCUCGCCGUGAUUAUUAAUCCUUUAUUUUCCGACUUGUUCGGAUAAAGCUGGAAAAAAUAUUCGAUAUGUAUGAAUAAACUAUUAAUAAAUUGACACUUUUCCAAAGACGA